CUUUAUCUCCAAGUGGCUGACUUCUCUUUUUCAAGGCUACUGUUUUCCAUCUCCUCGCUCAAAUACUGUAUCUUCUUCAAGUAUGGAAUUUGUAUGGAAAAGAUGGUGGUGUCUUCAGCUGGGCUGUAUGUUAUUAGUGAAUUUGGUUUAUGCCAAUCUAGAGUAUCAAAAAGAAACUCCUCCAAGCCUGCGUGAGAUUGACCAUCAGUGCUGGGAGGUAUCGUCCCAUGGGCUGGUGGAAAUGAAGAAACUCAAGGUAGCAGAUACAGUCAUUGCUCUCUGGGACUUCAUGAUGUUCCUAAAGGAAUCCCCUAAGCCCAAGCACAAUGAUCUCUUCAAUGAUUUAGCCCAGAACUUCUGGGACAUGUAUGUAGACUGUGUGCUCUCAAGAUCCCAUGGAAUGGGCAGAAGACAAUUAACAUCUCCCAAAUAUUCUUCCACGUACUCACACAGAACUUUAGGAGGGUCUGCUUUCACCAAUCCAUUUUAGGCCAAAAGGAGAGAAAAUGAAGAUACUUAAACAAGGCAACAUCAAAACGAAGGAGCACAAAAUCACAAUAUGUAUUGUAGAUAUUUGGAGAAAUCCUUUGGCAUGGUUCAACCCUUUUAUUUUUCUUUUCUUUUUGUAUAA